AUGGAUACGCUCAUUGACAAAGAAUCAGAGACCUACACGUCGUUCUCACAAUCCAAUUCAACCAAGUUCAACUUCAGCCUUGCAGCCAGCUCGUACGGCUGGGAGCCUGAAGGCCAUGAAUACCGUGCACAACUACCAACUGACAGUCGGUCUCCAUGCCCUAGUCUCAACGCCUUGGCCAACCACGGCUGGCUUCCUCGCUUAGGAAAAAACAUCGACUUGUCCACCUUCCAACACGCCAUUUCGGGUGGUUAUAACUACGAGCUUCCUUCGAUGGACAGUGUUUUCGAGCUAGCCAGUCUCGUUGAUUUGGCUAGAUAUGACGAUAUUGAAAUUGACGGGUCGCUCUCACGGAACGACAUCUACUUCGGCGACAAUGUGCACUUCGACCCUAAUAUCUGGGCGAAAGUUGCCAAGGACCUCCACCUUUACGACACGCUAGGUUCUGUAGAGAAUCAAUAUGUCACUGUCGAGGUGGCAGCCAAGACUCGCGCAGCACGCGUGGUAGAGGCCAUGAGGGUCAAUCCAAGCUUCAACAAUUCCGAAAAUGCCAUCAGCGUCAUAAAUUUGGUGCAGCGCCAAAGAGCUGGGUUCGGCCUUUCUUUGAAGAAGAUCGCAUUCCAUAUCUCGAGGGAUACAGGAAGCCGAAAGUCCCGAUCCCCUUCGGCGCUGUUCGAAAUCUGA